AUGGCAAUUCUUCUCAUUGAAGAGUUCAACCAAUGGUCCGUCCACGCACAAUCCAGCGGGCUUGUACAUUGGGAUGUGCGUAAGCAAAAUGGUCGAUCCAUGGUACUCUUUCUGGUCCAACGUUUCAAUGAACUGCCAUGUGUAGUCUUUGAACUCGGGUUGCAGCAAAGGUCCGUCGACCGCAAGAGAGUUCAAAACCACAAUUCUCCAUGGAUGAUCUGUGUCAUUGUCAUAUUCAAUCCAAAAGUUAUCCUUUCCAAACAACUUCCUCCAUCUGGCCAUAUGUUGGUAUGUUGUAUCACCGUAUCCGAUAUCGUGAUUUCCCGAGACAUUCACCAUCAGAGGCUCAUCGGUGAGGUUAGCACUGGUCCAAUCACGAAUGUUUUCAUAAUGGUAAAAAUCCGGGUUUCUGAACAAGCCCUCUUCCAAGCUUUUCUGGAACCAGUUCAUAUGUGUGACCCAAUCUAUGUCCUUAUGCUCAGCAAUGAAAUCCAAUUCCAAAAAGGUUUGUUCAGCUGGUCUAGGGAACAGUCUGGUCAUGUAUCUUCUUGUUCUGUUAUAGAAUUCUGA